GCAUGCGCCAAAGAAACUAUGUAUCAUAUAUUUCAAGCCGUAUCAUAUAAGUAUAGUUUGUGCCGCAUUGCACAGUUUAAGCUGGAAACGUCACCACUUUAAAUAGAAAUGUUUUAAAAAGAAGACACGAAAGGCAAGUCACAGGAUUUCUUCGUGUACACAGUGUUCGCUAUUUUAAAAUAGUGUAUUGAAUUAUAAACUUCUAUCCGAACUUGCGAAAUACAAUUAAACAAUAAAGAUGUCAUUUGAGCCAAUUUUGGAUCCUCCAAUUCCUUAUGUGGGAGCUGUUGAAGGUGGCUUAAUACCUGGAAAAAUGGUAAAAAUUCGAGGCAAAGUUCCUCCUAGUGCUGUACGUUUUGCUGUAAAUUAUCAAUUGGGACCUACAUUAAAUCCAAGAGAUGAUAUUGCCAUUCAUGUUUCACCACGUUUCGCAGAAGGAUUUAUUACUAGAAAUCAUAUAGUAUCAAUGACUUGGGGCCCAGAGGAAAAUGAUGGCCCCAUGUGGAUACAACCUGGCCAAGAAUUUGAGAUGUUCCUUUUGUGUGAUUUUCCAUGUUAUAAGAUUGCCAUAAAUGGCAGACAUUUUGCAGAAUUUAUUCAUAGACUACCAUAUGAGAAAGUAACGCAUUUGGUUAUUGAUGGUGAUGUAGAAAUACAAUCUAUCACAUAUGAGACCGUUCCAAUUGAUCCACCUCGCUCUCCUCGAGCUGUACCCACGCCAGAUGUACCUGCUGCUAAUUUUGGGCCACCACCACCUGGAGGAUUAUAUCCUACCAUAGGUCCACAAACACCACAAGGUGGAUAUGGUCCACCACCUCCAGCACCUGGGUAUGGACCUCCUCCUGGUGUAUAUGGAGGACCUGGUUAUAAUCCUCCAAGAGCAUAUGGAUAUCAGCCUGGAUAUGAGAAGCCUGAAGAAGAAGAAGCAUUUAGUGGUUGUUUGGAUAAAGUUGGAUUAGCAAUAGGGGGACUAGUUGCAGCAGGAGGCAUAGCAGCUGCUGCACACGCUAUGAGUAAAAAGAAAGAAGUUCAAGAUGAUCAGGAAAAAUCUGAUGCUUCUAAAUCAAAAACAGAAAGUGAAGGUGGUUUGGGAAAUCUUGGUUCUUUGGGUGCAGCUUUAGCAAGCAGUUUAGUGACCAAUGCUUUAAGUAACUCACAAGCACAACAAGGCUACCCUACCAACACCCAACAAUCAAGUGGCGGUGGUGGUGUAUUAGACUCUAUUCUUGGAGCAUUAGGUGGUAAUAGUGGGCAUAAUGCAGCACCACCACCUCCUCCUCCAAGUCAACCAAGUAAUCCAUUGACAGGAGCAUUAGGAUCUAUUCUUGGUGGUGUUCUUGGAGGUGGUGGAAAUCAACAACCAAAUUAUCAACCUUCAGGAGGUUAUGGAAAUUACCAACCUUCUGGUGGAUAUUCCAAUCAAUCAUCAAAUUCAGAUCUUUUAUCUGGAAUAGGAUCAGCCUUUCUUAGUUCUGCUUUAGGAGGUCUUACCAAGCACGAUAAAGAUAAAUCUCACGAAGAAAAUCGUCCAACUCCUCCACCAGCUUAUACACCAAGUUCUGCACCGCCUGCACAACCUCCUAUAUCUUCUGAUAGUCCUGCUUCUGGAAAUAAAUUAACAGCAGAUGAAAUUUCAAAAGGCUUAGGUUUGGAUGACUAAUGUAAGUUGAGAUAAAAAUUCAUAUAAAAAAUUAUGUAUAAUGAAAAUUUUAUGCUCUGUUAUUGAUAUAUGCAAAUAUGUGCACAAUGUGAUUGUGUAUUAAAGAUAGUUAACAUGAAAGGCAGCUAAUUAUAUAUAUAUAUAUAUAUUUAUAUAUUUUUUUGGCACGGGAUAUUUCAAUAAAAAGCACCACAACGACUAUAAUACAAGCUGCUCGAAUCUCAUGCUAUAUAUAAAAAGAUUAAUAUUUUUGUAUAUAGAUUAUUUAUUUAUGAUAAAUUUGCUCGAAUUAUUUUCACAGAAUAUUACAUAACAUAAGCAAAGAUUAUAAACAAAAUGAAACAAUAUUUAUAAUACAAUCCUUUUAAGCUUUGUAGUUGAAAAUUUAUAAUCAAGUUGAUAUUUUCUAAGAUUUAUUAUAUUUUUAUAAAGAUACUAAUAGUACUCAAGUGCGAUAACAAAAUGUAAGUUGUUGUUAUUUGUUCUUUUCUUAAUUAUGCAAAGAAUAAAAAUCAUAUAUAUAUAUAUAUAUACAUAUAUAUAUAUGUAUACAAAACAUAAAAGUUAUAUAUUAAUAAAUUUAUUCUUCCUGAAAAACUUCUGUUUAUGAACAUGUUUCCAAUGUAUUCCCAUGUCUCUUCUGUAAUGUAACAAAUACAUUAAAUGUAAUAUCUAUAUAUAAUAUAAUAAAAAAUGUUUUAAAAAACUUA